GAGACUAUAUACUGGUAUCUUUGCUGUACUGGCUAGGUUUUUUACAACCUGGCGCUUCCAGAGGUUUAUUUGUCGUCCAAAAAAUUCCACACAGCGAAUUUCAUAGUGAGGCAGCACACCUGAAGAGCAACAGGGAAUGUGACCAAUAUGCCUAGCUUGCUACGGAGGAUAGUCAUCUUCGCAGCCGUCGAUGGACUGAUUCUUCAGUCUCCGGGGCAUGGAUCUCGGUACAAUGGCAACGGUGAUUAUACGUCAAUCCGCAUUGAUUACAAAACGAAUCGCAUCGCAUCAUUAUCGGGCCCCGCAUCAGACCUAAGUGUGAGGAAAGAUUUCGCUAGCCUCGAGACUUACGGCCUUGUCGGCCUCCUAUCCGUUGCGUCGUACUCGUUCCUCAUUGCAAUCACGCAGCGUCAGCAGGUUGCCCAGAUCCAAGGGAAGCCAAUAUAUAGCAUCGCACACGUGGCAGUUAUCCCUACUUCAUCUCAGGAAGAUGCCAGCCGUGCGAUACUCCAGGCAAAGGAGAGCAUCCUCCAGGGGGAAGAGAGUGAUUACAAUGACACAGCUUCGGAAGAAGCAGAUGUAUCCGAGGCAGAGACAGAUGGGAGUGAUGCAGAAGAAAUCAGCACCGCCCCUGCUUCCCCCAUUCGGGAGACACGCCACCCGAGGAACGACAGCAUCAGUAGCAAUAUCACCGAAAAUAUGAUAGGCAAGAAGGUUCGAUUUGGGCGCUUCGCCGCAAACUGGUUGUCGCGGAAGGCUAUGGGCUUACCAGGACUCGGCACUGCGGAGUUGAACACGCAGGAGGACACAGAGUCUGUGGGGAUACCAAUGGUAGAAUUCAAGGAGAAUGAUCCUGUGGUAGCACGCUCGGCGUACGCUGCGAAUACUGAGGAACCUAUUGCAUCUGCGAGUUAUUCCUCAUCGCCGAAAAACAGCGAACUACUGCCGCCUACGGAAACGAAACCAAUAGAGUUGUUGCCGAAGUUGCUGCGGUAUUCGAAGCUGAUAUUUUCCUCAAGCAACUUCUUUUUUUCGUAUGAUUAUGAUCUCACCAGGCCUAUUAGUUCUCAGCCGUCGGCUGGAAGUGGGCACUUACCAAUCCACAAGGUUGCAGAUGAGUUGUACUUCUGGAACCAAAACCUCAUGCUUCCAUUCACUACAGCAGGCAUGCAUCCAUUUGUCCUACCACUUGUACAGGGCUUUGUUGGUCAAAGCGAGUUUACCGUUGCUGCAAAGACCGACCCAUCCUCAGAGGCAGAACCGUCUGAGGCACGCAUUCUAGGUGAGAAGCAGGAAGUGGAAGAAGUCAAAAUAGCCGCCGAAAAAAGAAAUUAUCUUCUUACCUUAAUCUCACGACGAUCUGUGAAGCGUCCAGGCCUACGGUAUCUUCGUCGUGGAGUGGAUGACGACGGGAAUACCGCCAACACGGUAGAAACGGAGCAAAUUCUCUCAGUACCGGAUUGGGACCCUUCCCAUAAUGUUUACUCGUACCUUCAGCUACGGGGUUCCAUUCCGCUAUACUUCUCGCAGUCUCCAUACUCCUUCAAACCGGUCCCUGUACUCCAUCAUUCGCCAGAAACAAAUAAAUUGGCGUUCGAACGGCACUUCCGUACUAUAAGCCGACGUUACGGGAGGAUACAAGCUGUUUCUCUGGUUGAUAAGCGCGUCCCGGAACUGAAGCUUGGGGAGCAAUACGAGAAGUAUGCUCAGGGAUUUAAUCAGUCUGGCGGUAUUGACGGCGUCCCACUUGGGUUUGAAUGGUUCGAUUUUCAUAAUGAAUGCCGAGGGAUGAAAUUUGAGAAUGUGAGCCGGCUCGUCGACAAACUUGCAGAUACCUUGGAAGAAUUCAAAAGCAUUGUAGUGAACAAUGGCACCAUAAUCCAAGAUCAGACGGGAAUUGUCCGUACCAACUGCAUGGACUGCCUUGACCGCACAGGUGUCGCACAGUGCGCCUUCGGGCAAUGGGCUCUGGAGCGCGCAUUGAAACAGGAAGGUAUCGAUAUUGACUUGGGAGGGGACUCCUCUACAAGGUGGUUUAACAUAUUGUGGGCAGACAAUGGUGAUGCCAUUUCCAAGCAGUAUUCCUCAACAGCAGCUUUGAAGGGCGACUAUACAAGGACUAGGAAACGGGACUACCGUGGAGCUCUGAAUGACUUUGGGUUGACGCUGUCUCGGUACUACAACAACAUCGUCAAUGACUAUUUUUCGCAGGCCUGCGUCGACUAUCUUUUGGGCAAUGUCUCAACUCAGGUAUUCCAGGAGUUUGCGACUGAGCUACAGACAGCAGAUCCCGGCAUCUCAGUUCAGAAGCUCAGACAAAAUGCCAUCGAUACCAGCUGCCGCAUUGUGAUUAGCGACCAGUCUGAGGAGUUCUUAGGCGGCUGGACCAUGUUAACGCCGCGGCAGCCAAACACACUUAGAACAUUGCCAUUCGAGGAGUCGGUUCUGCUCCUCACGGAUGCCGCUGUCUACAGCUGCCGCUUUGACUGGAACACGGACAAGGUACUUUCAUUUGAGCGGAUUGAUUUGCGCUCAAUAACGCGGAUCAACUAUGGCACGUAUAUAACGUCUACCCUGACAGAGGCUCAAUCAGAUGAACAGCACAAUGUUGGGUUAGUGAUUGAGUUCCGCGAAGGCGACAACAACGCUCUCCGAGUCAACACUCGGUCUCUCCAGAGCGAAGUCGACCCGAAAGCACUCGACAAUCAAUGGGACAUGUCCUCAUGGUUCAGGGGCCCGCAACGGGUAAAACCACGCAUCAUGGCAUUCAAAGCUCUUCCACAGUCGAAUUCGGUGACACAGACACGGCGCCGGAAGAGCGCAACAGUGAGUGAAAUUGACUGGGUGCAAACCAUUUGUGAAGAGAUCGAGCGGGCCAUGAGAGCCGGCGAGCAGACGCCGGCAAAUGAACCCCGGCCCUCUGUGAUUGGACCGGCUGAGAUCAUAUCGCUCGCUGAGGCCAAGAAGCGGACGGGGCUUUUGGAGCACUUGGUUCAUGAUAUUAAAAAGAUGGUGUGGGCUUAG